UUUUUUUGCGUCCUUGAUUCAGUCAGUUUGAGUGCAGCCAGGCAGCAGUUCAGGUGGUAGUUUUUGAGCGAAAGUCGAUUUUAAACACUGGUGUUAAACAGUAAAUUAAUGAAGAAUGGCGGAACCACUGAAGCAAACCUUUGAAAACAAGCCGGUGGAGAAGACGAAGAAAGAUGCGAAGCGGAUGUCAGUGGAGAGGAUCUACCAGAAGAAGACGCAGUUGGAGCACAUUUUGCUCCGACCGGACUCCUACGUUGGCUCCGUAGAGCCUGUCACCCAACAAAUGUGGGUGUACGAUAAGGAGGAUGGACUGAACUGCCGUGAUGUGACGUUUGUGCCUGGGCUUUACAAGAUUUUUGAUGAGAUCCUUGUAAAUGCAGCUGACAAUAAGCAGAGGGACAAGAGCAUGUCCAUCAUCAAGAUCAACAUAGAUGUUGAGAACAAUACCAUCAGUGUGUGGAAUAAUGGGAAGGGUAUCCCUGUGGUGGAGCACAAAGUGGAGAAGGUCUAUGUGCCUGCUCUCAUCUUUGGACAGCUCCUCACCUCCAGUAACUACGAUGAUGACGAGAAGAAAGUCACUGGUGGACGCAAUGGAUAUGGUGCUAAGCUUUGCAACAUCUUUAGCACAAAGUUCACUGUAGAGACUUCCUGUAAAGAGUCAAAGAAGACCUUCAAGCAGACUUGGUACGACAACAUGGGCAGGACAGGAGAUUCCCACAUCAAACCUUUUGAUGGAGAGGAAUACACUUGCAUCACCUUCAUGCCGGACCUCGCCAAGUUUAAAAUGAGCACUCUGGACAAAGACACAGUGGCUCUGAUGACCAGGAGGGCGUACGACAUAGCUGGAUCCUCCAAGGGCGUCCGUGUGUUUUUCAAUGGCAAAAGGCUGCCACUUACAGGUUUCCGUAACUACGUGGACAUGUAUGUGAAGGACCGGGUGGACGAGCUUGGCGCUGCCCUCAUCGUGGUCCACGAGAUUGUCAACGAGCGCUGGGAGGUCUGCCUCACCAUGAGUGAGAAAGGUUUCCAGCAAGUCAGCUUUGUGAACAGUAUCGCUACAACCAAGGGAGGGAGGCACGUUGACUAUGUUGCUGACCAGCUGGUUAGCAAGCUCAUUGAAGUGGUGAAGAAAAAGAACAAAGCUGGGGUGGCCAUCAAGCCUUUCCAGGUGAAGAACCACCUGUGUCUGUUUGUCAAUUGCCUGGUUGAGAACCCGUCCUUUGACUCUCAGACCAAAGAGAACAUGACACUGCAGCAGAAGAACUUUGGGUCCACUUGUCCUCUCAGUGACAAGUUUAUUAAACAGGCCACAUCCUGUGGGAUUGUAGAAAGUAUCAUGAACUGGGUGAAGUUCAAGGCCCAGACCCAGCUAAACAAGAAAUGUUCAAGUGUUAAGCACUCAAAAAUCAAAGGGGUGCCUAAACUGGAUGAUGCCAAUAAUGCAGGUGGGAAGGACUCCAUCGGCUGCACGCUGAUCCUUACUGAGGGAGACUCGGCCAAGACACUUGCUGUGUCUGGGCUGGGAGUGAUCGGCAGGGACAACUAUGGCGUCUUCCCUCUCAGAGGAAAAAUGCUCAACGUCCGGGAGGCCACACUCAAGCAAAUCAUGGAGAAUGCAGAGAUCAACAGCAUCAUUAAGAUCAUCGGCCUUCAGUACAAGAAGAACUACAGCAGCCCAGAAUCCCUCAAGAGUCUGCGUUAUGGCAAGAUCAUGAUCAUGACAGAUCAGGAUCAAGAUGGCUCCCACAUUAAGGGCCUUCUAAUCAACUUCAUCCACCAUAACUGGCCGUCACUGCUGCGCCACAACUUCCUGGAGGAGUUCAUCACCCCCAUCAUCAAGGCAUCGCAUAAGAAAACUCAGCUGUCUUUCUACAGUAUCCCUGAAUACCUUGCAUGGAAGGAGAGCCAGCCCAACCACAAAUCUUGGAGAACAAAAUACUACAAAGGUUUGGGAACCAGCACAUCGCAGGAAGCCAAGGAGUACUUCUCUGAUAUGCAGAGACACCGUAUCCCAUUCAAGUACUCUGGACCUGAAGAUGAUGAAGCUAUCACCCUUGCCUUUAGCAAGAAGAAGGUGGACGAGCGUAAAGUGUGGCUGACCAACUUCAUGGUCAACAGGCGUCAGCGCAGGGCUCACAACCUGCCAGAGGAGUACCUGUACAGUCAGUCCACCAAGUCCCUCUCGUACAACGACUUUGUCAACAAGGAGUUGGUACUUUUCUCCAACUCUGACAAUGAGAGGUCCAUCCCCUGCCUGGUGGACGGACUGAAACCAGGCCAGAGGAAGGUGCUGUUCUCUUGCUUCAAGAGGAAUGACAAGCGGGAGGUGAAGGUCGCCCAGUUGGCUGGCUCAGUGGCUGAGAUGUCAGCCUACCACCAUGGAGAGGUCUCUCUGAUGAUGACCAUUGUUGGUUUAGCCCAGAACUUUGUGGGAAGCAACAACUUGAACCUCCUGCAGCCUCAGGGUCAGUUCGGAACCAGAUUGCAUGGCGGCAAGGACUCUGCCAGCCCUCGAUACAUCUUCACCAUGCUCAGCCCUUUGGCCCGCCUUCUUUUCCCCACUGUGGAUGACAACCUGCUCAAGUACAACGUUGAUGACAACCAGCGUGUGGAGCCGGAGUGGUACCUGCCCAUCAUCCCCACUGUGCUGGUGAACGGUGCCGAAGGUAUCGGCACAGCCUGGGCCAGCAAGAUCCCCAACUACGACGUACGAGAGAUCGUCGGCAACAUCCACCGUAUGCUCAACGGCGAUGAGCCUCUACCCAUGCUUCCAAGCUACAAAGGCUUCAAAGGCACGAUUGAGCAGGUGAUGGACAACCAGUUCAUCAACACUGGAGAGGUGGCCAUCAUUGAUUCCACCACCAUUGAGAUCUCCGAGUUGCCUGUCAAAACCUGGACGCAGGUGUACAAGGAGAACGUGCUGGAGCCGAUGCUGAAUGGAACAGAGAAGGUCCCUCCUCUGAUCACAGACUACAAGGAAUACCACACCGACACCACUGUGCGAUUUAUCGUCAAGAUGACAACAGAGAAGCUGAGUGAGGCAGAGGCUGCUGGCCUCCACAAAGUCUUCAAACUUCAACAAACCCUCACUUGCAAUUCUAUGGUUCUGUUUGACCAUGCGGGCAGCCUGAAUAAGUAUGAGUCUGUGCAGGACGUUCUCAAGGACUUCUUUGAGUUGAGGAUGAAGUACUAUGUGCUGAGAAAGGAUUGGUUGGUUGGCAUGCUGGGGGCAGAGAGUGCCAAACUCACAAACCAGGCCCGGUUCAUCUUGGAGAAAAUCGAGGGCAGCUUGGUCAUUGAGAACAAGCCAAAGAAGGAACUUAUUCGCAUGUUGCAGCAGAUGGGCUACGACUCUGACCCAGUCAAGGCUUGGAAACAGGCCCAAGAGAAGAAUGUGGAAGUCACAGAGGAAGAAGAGGAGGAAGGAGCGGAGGAGGAGGACACCAGCGGGCCAGACUACAACUACCUGCUCAGCAUGCCCUUGUGGUAUUUGACCAAAGAAAAGAAAGAUGAGCUGUGCAAACAGAGGGAUGCUAAGAUGACGGAGCUCAACACCCUGAAGAAGAAGGCUCCAACAGGCCUGUGGAAGGAAGACCUGGCUGCUUUCUCUGAGGAACUGGAGAUAAUUGAAGCAAAAGAAAAGGAGGCGGCCAGCAGCAUGCCUGUCGUUAAAAAGGGGGCUGGAAAAGGCAAAGCGAUGAAGGUGAAGCAGGAGACUCUGCCCACGCCACAAGGUCGUCGCGUUGUCCCGCGCAUUACCAGCUCUAUGAAAGCUGAAGCCAGCAGGAAGGCUGAUCUUAAGAAAGGAGAACGCAAGAGGGGCAAAAAAGUCAAGACUGAAGAUGUCGUGGUGAAGAUGGAGUUUGGAGAAGAUGCCGAGAACGAGGCGCCGAUUGAGGAGAUUGGCUUGGCUGCACGACUGGGAAAGAAACCGAGAACCCAGGCAAAGGAAAAAGAAGCAUCAAAGACCAGCAGGCAGAGCACUCUUCAGUUCAAGCCUGUUGACAAGAAGCCCAAAAAGAAUCCGUGGUCGGAUGAGGAGUCGGAUGCCAAUCUGUCCGACAGUGAAAUGGAGGCAGAGGAAGUGGUGGCCCCCAGAGAGAGGGCUCAACGCAAAACUAAAGCUGCAGUGAAGUACAGUGUGUCCGACAGUGAAAAUGAAUUUGAUGACUGGGGGAAGAAGGAUGCUCCGAAGCGGAGAGCCGUUAUCAGUGAUGAUGAUGAUGACAGCUUUGUCCCGGAGCCCAUGGCUGACAGCGACGUGGACUCACCUGCCCCACCUCCCAAAGCUCCAGAACCCACGAAGAAAAUGGCAACGGGCAAAAUGACAAUCAAACAAGCUACAACAAAGUCGAGCUCUCAGUCCGAUGAUCAGUUUCCUGAACCCAAGGCUGGUCCAGUUAAGUGUAAAACCAAGGUGGCUGCACCCAAAAAAGCUGCUGCUGCCAGGAAACCAGCUGCGUCUAAGAAGGCGGCAGAUGUGAAGCAGCCAUCCAUCCUAGAUGCUCUUUCUAAGUCCAAAAUCACUAAGAAUGGCAUAUUCGACUCCAGUGACUCGGAGAGGGAAGCCAAGGCUCCAGUUCCAAAGGCAAAACCAGUUUUGAAGCGAAAACAGGUCGUCAGUGACGACUCAGACAGCAGCUCAGACGACCUCUUGUCACGCCUCAAGGCCAAAACCACUGCCAAUAAGAAAACCAAGAACUGGGACGAGGACGACAGCUUUCAUGUUUCAGACCAGGAGGCAGCAGCUCUCGUGGCGGCGCGAGACAAGCCCUCACGUGCACGGAAACCUGUAACCUACAACCAGGACUCGGAUGAAGACUUUUAAAGUUGACUUGCCGAGUCCGUUUUAGAUUUUGUGUUAAAGACGUGUGAUUGUCUUUGAUUUUAUCACUUGGAAGGAUGGUUCCAUUUUCGCGAGUGGCUUGCAUAACCGGCAGUCCAAAAAAUAUAUAAAACUCAUCCUGUCUAGUUUUAGUCUCGGAAUUUUUUUAUUGUCUUUAGUAAUUCACUUGUUUGUUUUUGUUUUGUCUUGUAAAUAUUUCAAUGGCUGUUCAUUUUAUAUUUAGAAAAAAAUAAAGUUAACUUUUUUGU